AUGGCCUUCCAUGGAGCCUCUUCCUCUUCCUCCUCCUCCUCUUCUUCUUCCUCUUUCAUCUUUCGGUGGACUUACGACGUAUUCUUGAGUUUUAGAGGUGAAGAUACUCGCAAAACUUUUACUGCCCAUCUAUAUGCAGCUUUGCGUCGAAAUGGAAUCAACGCCUUCACAGACGACAAGCUUAGAAGCGGAGAGGAAAUUUCACCGGCACUCGUCAAAGCUAUUGAAGAGUCUGAGAUUUCAAUCAUUGUACUAUCUAAAAACUAUGCAUCAUCCCGAUGGUGUUUGGACGAGCUAAUAAAAAUCCUCGAGUGUAGAAAAACAAGGGGGCAACAUGUUUUACCAUUGUUUUACGACGUAGAUCCCUCCGAUAUACGACAUCAAAUCAAUAGUGUUGAAAAAGCAUUGGCUGAACUUGAAAAAAGGUUCAAGGAGGAUGAAACGAAGGUGAAGGAGUGGAAGACUGCCCUAAAAGAAGUGGCCAAUUUGUCCGGCAUUCAAUUGGCGGGGAACAUGGAUGAACCUGAAUUUAUUCACGACAUCAUUGGAAUGGUGAAUUCAAAAUUAGUAAACAAGACAUACUUCCAAGUUGCCCAAUAUCCAGUUGGAAUAAAGUCUUGUGUACAAGAUGUGAAGUCGCUUUUACAUUUAGGGAGAAACGACAAUACAUACAUGAUAGGGAUUUUUGGAACUGGUGGAAUUGGUAAGACAUCUAUCGCCAAAGCUAUCUACAACUCGAUUGCUUUUGAUUUUGAAAGUAGUUGUUUUCUUGAAGACAUCAGAGAAACUUCCAGCCAAACGGGUGGUCUGAUCCGUUUGCAAAAGGAACUUCUUUCUAAGAUCCUAGGAGGUUCAAGUCUAACGGUUGACAAUGUUGAUCAAGGAAUUAAUUUGAUAAAGAAGCGGUUUCGCCUAAUAAGGGUACUUUUAGUUCUUGAUGAUGUGGAUCAGUCAAUCCAAAUAGAAAAGUUAGCUAAAAAAAUUGAUUGGUUUGGCGUAGGAAGUAGAAUCCUCAUAACAACAAGAAAUAAAGGUUUACUAAUUAAGCAUCAAGUUUUAACCUACGAGGUGAAGGAAUUGGAUCACUACAAAGCUCUUCGGCUCUUUAGUUGGCAUGCCUUCAAUAGAGACAUGCCUAAUGAUGAUUAUGUGAAAAUCACCGAAGAUGUAGUACAUUAUGCUGGGGGAUUGCCACUAGCUUUAUCAGUGCUAGGCUCAGCUCUAAAAGGAGAGAAUGUAGAAUAUGUGACAAAAAUACUAGAUAGAUGUGGUUUUCACUCAUAUAGUGGCAUCGAAGAACUAAAAGAUAAGUGUCUCAUAACUGUGUCUUGGGACGGAUCAUUGGUGAUGCAUGACUUGCUACAAGAAAUGGGUAGAGAAAUUGUUCGACAAGAAUCACCCAAAGAACCUGGUAACCGCAGUAGAUUGUGGUUUCAUGAAGAUGUUCGUCAUGUUCUAGAAGAAAAUACGGGAACAAACAAAGUUGAUGGCAUAUUGAUAGAUUUGCCUAAACCAGACAUGAUACACUUGAAUCCCAAAGCCUUCAAGAAGAUGAAAAUGCUCAAAAUAUUUAUAAACCGUAAUGCACACUUUUCUAGAGAACCUAAUUUUCUCUCUAAUGAGUUAAGAUUGCUUGAUUGGCGUAAAUAUCCUGGAGAAUCUUUGCCAUCUAAUUUUUGUGGAAAGAAUCUUGUUGUUUUAAGAAUGCAGGAUAGUCACCCCAAGGAAUUUGAGGGAGUCCAGAAUUUCCAAAACAUGACAACUAUGAAUUUCUCUUUUUGUGAAUUCCUAAGAAAAUUCCCUGAUGUUUCAAGGAUCCCAAAUUUAGAGAAAUUGGAUCUUGAUUAUUGCAAAAAUUUAGUUGAGGUUCAUCCUUCUGUUGGAUUCCUUGAUAAACUCGUUAGUUUGAGACUUGAAGGAUGCUCUAAUCUUAAGAGUUUUCCGAGAAGCCUCAAGAUGAGAUCUCUCAAAAUUCUUUGGCUUCGAGGUUGCUCAAGGCUUAAGAACUUCCCUAAAAUUGAGUGUCCAAUGGAAUGUUUAGAAGAAAUCAACUUUAGUGAAACUGGUAUAGAGGAAUUGCCUUCAUCUAUUGGGUACCUCGUUGGGGUUGAAACCUUAUAUCUAAGUGGUUGCACAAACCUUAUGAAUCUUCCAGAUAGCAUUCUUAAGUUACAACAUUUUGAAAGACUAUACAUCGGGAAGCUGGAUGGGAUUAUAAAUCUUCUAGAUAGCAAAUAUCUCAGCCUCUCCGGUUGUUCAAAAGUUGAUGAGUUGUUAAAAACAGUGGAGGAUACAAGACAAUCCAUGCCAACUGUUGUAUCCAUAGAGGAAUCUACAACUUCAUCAAUGGCAGAACUACUCCAAUUGUCACCUCCGACGAAUACAAGCGGUUCUAAUGAUGGUAGUUCUUCCAUAGUAUUUCCAAAACUUCGAAAGUUGGAUCUUCAUAAUUGUGUCCUCUCAAAAUCAAAUUCCUUUAAGCACUUUGAUUGGUUCUCUGAAUUGACGCUUUUAGAUCUAUCAAUGAGUGAUAUUGUUACCCUUUCUCCAUGCAUCAGAAGAUUUGUUAGAUUGAUGUUUCUUUAUUUGAGGGGAUGCAAGCAACUUCGAGAAAUUUUAGGGCUUCCACCAAAUGUAAUUUUUAUGACCGUUGAGGGGUGUGUGUCAUUGACAAUGUUUCUAGAUGAAGGUAGAAGAUAUCAAUUGUUUAAUGCACCAGAGGCCCUAUUCCAAGUCGGAACGGUAUGUCCAGCAUUGAUUCUUGGAAACCAUGUUCUAACAGAAUCAGAUUUCUUGAUUCAACCUGAUUGCCCUUCUAGUUUAGAAUAUCUACAUCUAUCAGGUAGCGCUAUUGUUAUCCUUCCUGUGUGGCUCAACAAAUUUGUUGGAUUGAAGAGACUUUAUUUGGCCAGCUGCAAGCAACUUAGAGAAAUUCCAAAACUUCCAACAACGCUCGAUUGGAUUGACCUCUCCAAUUGCCAUAGAUUGCAUGAAAAUAUGGGGGAUGAUCUGGAAAUUCGUUUAAUGAGUGAGGGACUUCGUAUGAAAAGUGAAUUUAGCUGUAUAUUUCCUGGAAAUAAGAUUCCAGAUUGCUUCAGCCAUCGUAAAGAGGUUUUCAAUGCUAAUUCGUGUGAAAUAGAUAUCAAUGAGCCUGUACAUUCGAAUUCGAAGAAAAAAAUAUUUGGUUUCUCUGCUGUUAUUGGAACAGAGGAAUCACAAGAUAUGGACUGUUUUCAAAUUCUGGUUGAAGUCAUCAAUGGUAUUGGUCAACACAUGUAUUCUCAUAGGUCUGAUUUGAUAUGUAAUUCAACCGGCUCAGAUCAUGUAUGGUUGAAUUUCCAUGGUUCAUGCCACUCACAACUAAAGACGGACAAUUUUCGAGUUAAAUGGGGAUUCGAUUAUUCGAGAUAUAAUCCUUCAACUUCAAAGCCUUCAAAGCUAGUGUUCUUUAAGAGUUGCGGAUUCCAUGGACGUCUUCUUAAGGACCAUACAUUUGGUUGUAUAUUUGUGGGAAACAAGAUUACAGAUUGGUUCAGCCAUUGUAAAGAGGUUUCAAAUGUUAAUUCAUGUGAAAGAGAUAUCAAUGAGCCUCUACAUUUGGAUUUAAAGAAUACAAGAUUUGCUUUCUCUGCUGUUGUUGGAGCAGAGGAUGUACAAGAUAAGGUUUACUUUGGAAUUCAAGUUGAAGUCACCAAUGAUAUUGGUGAACGUGUGUAUUCUCAUAAGUCUGAUUUAAUCAUUAAUUCAACCAGCUCAGAUCGUGUAUGGUUGCAUUUCCAAGGCUACAUCGAGAAGCUUUUCUGUGAGGUUAAAGAGCUCCAGACUUCACUUGCUAGCUUCUUCUUAGACAUCAAUGGGAAGCAAGUCCACGUAUCCAAGUCAGGUUAUGGAAGCUCUGAAACACAAGAAGGAAAAUAUUCAACCCUUCGCUUCACCCAACUGGAGGAAUAUGAAGCCAGACUGUUUAGUUUAUAUAGCAUGGAUGCAUUGCUAGAGAUGAUGCAGAGCCUGCAGCAGACGACAAUACCCAUUGCCCACUAG